CCCCCCUGCGUCCAGCACUGGGCUUUUUCAGACAAGUGCAUCUCCUAACCAGGUCACAUUUCAGCCGCGACCCAUCCUCCGUCAGUCACCGAGUCAGACCGCAGGAGGAGGGCGCAGGACGACAGCAGCUAGCUUCGCCAACCGCGGCGGCGGGAAGGGCACCAGGGCAUUCCAACCGUGCAAGCGGCGAGACCCCCGACUCAACCCGGACCACGAUGCGCGCCCUGGGCUGCGGGCGGCUGGCGCUGCCGCUGCUGCUGCUUGCUGCAGCCGCCCUGGCCGAAGGCGAUGCCAAGGGGCCCAAGGAAGGCGAGACCCCCGGCAAUUUCAUGGAAGAUGAGCAAUGGCUGUCGUCCAUCUCGCAGUACAGCGGCAAGAUCAAGCAUUGGAACCGCUUCCGAGAUGAGGUGGAGGAUGACUACAUCAAGAGCUGGGAGGAUAAUCAGCAAGGAGAUGAAGCCCUGGACACCACCAAGGACCCCUGCCAGAAGGUGAAGUGCAGCCGCCACAAGGUGUGCAUCGCCCAGGGCUACCAGCGGGCCAUGUGCAUCAGCCGGAAGAAGCUGGAGCACAGGAUCAAGCAGCCCACCCUGAAACUCCAUGGAAACAAAGACUCCAUCUGCAAGCCCUGUCACAUGGCCCAGCUUGCUUCAGUUUGUGGCUCCGAUGGCCAUACUUACAGCUCGGUGUGUAAGCUGGAGCAGCAGGCAUGCCUGAGCAGCAAACAGCUGGCAGUGAGGUGCGAAGGCCCCUGCCCCUGCCCCACAGAGCAGACGGCCACCUCCACCACCGACGGCAAGCCAGAGACUUGCACAGGUCAGGACCUGGCCGACCUAGGGGACCGGCUGCGGGAUUGGUUCCAGCUCCUUCAUGAGAAUUCCAAGCAGAAUGGUUCAGCCAGCGGUGCUGCCAGCCCCACUGGGCUGGACAAGAGUCUGGGGGCUAGCUGCAAGGACUCCAUUGGCUGGAUGUUCUCUAAGCUGGACACCAGUGCUGACCUCUUCCUGGACCAGAUGGAGCUAGCUGCCAUCAACUUGGACAAGUACGAAGUCUGCAUCCGCCCCUUCUUCAACUCCUGUGACACCUACAAGGACGGCCGAGUCUCCACUGCUGAGUGGUGCUUCUGCUUCUGGAGGGAGAAGCCCCCCUGCCUGGUGGAGCUGGAACGCAUCCAGAUCCAAGAGGCUGCCAAGAAGAAGCCAGGCAUCUUCAUCCCAAGCUGUGAUGAGGAUGGCUACUACCGCAAGAUGCAAUGUGACCAGAGCAGUGGUGAUUGCUGGUGUGUGGAUCAGCUGGGGCUGGAGCUGACCGGCACACGCACCCAUGGAAACCCUGACUGUGAUGACGUCGUGGGUUUCUCAGGGGACUUUGGGAGUGGCGUCGGCUGGGAGGAUGAGGAGGAGAAGGAGACAGAGGAGGCUGGUGAGGAGGCCGAGGAGGAAGAGGGCGAGGUGGGCGAGGCGGACGAUGGAGGCUACAUUUGGUAGAUGGCCUUCCUGAAGCCAUGGCAAGCCAGGGUGCCAACGGCCAGGGAAACAGGCCAGCAGAAACCUAGACGGCAGCAGGCAGCUUAGCAAAUGGAUCCGGAAAUUAGUGGGAAGGACUUUGGCUCCAGUGGGGCCAACUGGAUGUGUGAGUGCAUGGCUCAUGUGUAGCAUGUAUGGCUAGGAUGGAUGUGUGUGUGUGUGUGUGUGUGUGUGUGUGUGUGUGUGUGUGAUGUGCUGACAGACAUGUCCUUGAUCCACAGUGCCCCUGGCAGAGUACACACACAAAGCCCCCUCAAUCCCCUUCUAGUUCUUUCCUUUGCACUUGAUGUUGGUUUUAAAAUAUGCACACAUACACACACACACACACACAAAACACAUGCAUGCACGCAUAUGUACACACACAGUUCCACAGCUCCACUCUUAAUACCCUGGGGGCUUCCUGCCUCAACCAGUCCUGCCUCCUCCCUCCUCUGCCUGUCCUUUUCCCUCCUGCUUCUGUAAAGGUCAAAGGUUGAGGAGGGAGGCAGGAAUUUGCCUAUUCCUGGAGCUCUUCUCAAAGUUGGGCCUAUUUGGUGUGACCCCACCCCCCAAGUCAGGUGAGAAUCAGGACACUGGCCACAGCAGGCCUGCCCCUGUGCUGAUUUCCCAAGAACCAUAAACAAAACAAAACAAAACUCCUAAGCCAAGCCAGCAAGACCAAAGGUGGCCAAGGGGAAGCUCACAGAAACGGGGGUCUCUGUGAGGACCUUACCAAGCUGUCCAAGUUUUUUCCCCUUUUCAGAUCCAGUUUCUGGGGUUCCCCCCAUGUUCACUCUGGGGAACCUGAGGACCAGGAGCAGUAGGUACAUGCCCAUCACCCACCUGGCCCCCUAACUAAAUGUCCCCCUUCCUGCCCAGGCCAGUCCCAAAACCCUAUAAAAGGAAACAAACUGUCAGGGGUGCCAUAGUCCAUCCCCCAUCCCUGGGGCUCACUUUGUCCCUGAGCACCCCAAGGGCUACCCUAGGAGAACAACUUUCCUAAAAUCCUGUAGUGUGCAAGAGAAGUCAAGAGUCCAUCAGAGGGGACAAAAUGGGGAGAGGUGGGUCUUGUGGUCACACCUCACUGUGACCCCAAACCUCCUGACCAGGUACGAGGUCAUCUUACCCAGAUAUCAAGAUGCCCUGUGGCUUUGGUUGUGUAUUUGUUGUUUUUCCAGCUCUCCUCCCUCUUCCCUUAAUGAAGAAUUUCUCACCUGGACUUGGACCUUUGAUGCCCUUUGGUGCAUGGAGAAUGUGUGUGUGUGUGUGUAUGUGUGUGUGUGUGUGUGUAUGUGUGUGUGUGUGUGUGUGUGUGUGCGCGUGUGAGUGCGUGUGUGCAUGUGCGUGCACACGCAUGCACUGCGUAUGCCUGGGAGUGCAAGGAGGGCCCCCUGUGUGCUGGGAGGAAAGUGGGGUCCAUGUGGUGAGGCUCCCUGGGCAAGGCCCCCAGCCUGGCUCUCCCCAGCGUCUCCUGCAUCUGCUGAGUUGAGUGAGCAUCCAUUGGAUGUUAGGAAAGAGCCCCCACCCUGACCACCCUGGAAUCAAUGUCUCCUGAACCUACUCUUGGGGGAAAUAGCAAAACUCCACUUUGUCCCCUAAAGCGCUUCUCAUCUGCAGCACGGUUCUGACUGUCGAAGUUUUGCUCUUCUCGCCCCCCUUGCCCCCGUGCACUCCCCCUCCCCUCUGUUCCUGCCUCUGUCCCCCACCACAUCCUCUGGUCCUCUGUUCUCCAGCAGUAGUUUCUCUCCUAACUGGAGCUACUUGAAACUUCCUACUUCUAGGAUCAAAGUCAGUCUCUUCCUCUCCCAGCUGAAUUUCCAGAACUGUCUUCAUGGGGGCUGUGAAGGAGGCCAGGCUCUCUGAGAUAGGUGGGGGGCACAGAGGAAGAGAACUCCUUCCCCCUCUCACUUCUGCCCUCCUCCUCCCAUUCUGCCCUCCCCACCUGAGGGGGGAGGGCUGUGCUCUCUGUGUUUCUGGGUAUUCUGGUUGUGCACGUUUUUCUGACUUUGUAAAUAUGUUUUAGGAAGAAAGCAAACCGCCAAGUUGAAUUAGCCCCCCUGGGUUUGCAGAGGUCCAGGCUUCCCCUGUCUCUGAAGCCCAUGUACUGCUUUUGCCCCACUGAGACAGAGCCCCCACCCCCACUAAGGCGGACAAAAGCAGCUGUUCCUAAUGGGGCAGGAGCCUCCAUCAUACUUUUUGUUAGAUGAGCUAAAUGAGCAUAAGGUUUCUUCGGGACAAAGUCACAGAUUGUCUUAUCUCAAUACUAUGGAUUUGUCCUUGACCUUAGCUGCUGGCCCAGCCCCUCGUAGGCCCUCUCCACAGGUAUCUUUGCCCCUUCCUGCCCAGUGCCCUGGCUUAGGCAGACAGGGGAACUGGGGCUUUGUUGAUAAGAACUCAACCAAAUCACAACAAACCCACAUCUUGCCAAACCCUGGAGCUGCCCUUGGCUGCCCCAGGCCUCCUUGGCUCCAUGGGUGCUGGGAGAGAUGGAUGGGCUAGGUUGGAUUGGAGAAAAUUAUUGCACCUAGAGAGACCACUCAGAGGGUUGGGGGGGGGGGUGUGAUGGAGAAGGGGCGUGGCCUGGGGAGCUCUGGAAAGAGGGUCUGCGACAUCAACUGCCCCCUAAUUGGCCUGAUGGGGCUGUGCAAACAUGUUGGCACAUCCUUCCUCACUGGUGCCUCCUGAUUUUAGUGGGCAAGCUCCCCAUUGGGUCUUUCAUAAAUGAUCUCCAUCACAUCCAACUUCACUGAGUAGAUGGGUGGGGUCCACCGGUACAAACGCAAGUACCCUCGUUUCUCCAAAGCCUGACCCUGAACCCCUUGUAGAGAACAAAUGGCUGGAGAUGGUAGGGCUGGAGGGGGUCCCAUGAAAGAGGCUGGGGGUACAGAAGAAAACUGGACAUAUCCCAAGGAAGCCCACACAGAGCACACUGCUUUGUCCCCACGGCCCAAAGUGUGUGAUGCGCAGUAACUGAGCUUUAGAUUUAAGAAUUGUGUUCAAGUGCUUGGAUUCCCGUCUGUAGUUUUAAGUGCUGAAAUUGUAUCUCUCAGUCAUUUUAGAUGUCGUUUAAAAAAAUCAAAAAACAAAGUGUUAGACCUGUGUGUGCAUUGAUGGGCACUCAAACGUCCCUUGGAUCCCCCCACCCUCCUUCCCUCCCUCCCAUGCCCCACCCUCUCAUGCCCCCACAUCCCCCCACUUCCCCCACCCUGCUUCCCCUUGGGGACCCUGCCUCGUCUUGUCUUUAUCUGCCUAUUACUCAGCCUAAAGAAACAAGUACACUCUACACCUGCAUAAAGGAAAUCAAAUGUUAUUUUUAAGAAAAUGGAAAAUAAAAACUUUAUAAACACUA